AUGGCGCACCUACGAGAACGUCUUAUGCUGCUUUUCGAGCAAUAUCAGCUCGAGUCGCAGCAUGCGACCCAUGUCCCUGCACUACAGCUUCAACAGCAGCUCCUGAUUGAUAUCCGUCAAGAAGUGGUGGCAGCAUCUCACGACGAGUCACCAGAAAGAACGCUUUCCGUUCGCUGUCAGCAACUUGAGAUAAAUCGGGCACAAAUGCAGCAGCAUAUCGAAAGCUUGGACCGGCAGCUUUACGAGUAUCACGCAGCCCUUCUCAAAUCCAACACAGAGAAGCAGCAGUUGCACAACGAGAAGGCUCGUUCUCAACAGGUGAUGAGUCGGCAAUACGAACAGGCGAUGAUUGAUAGGAAUGAGCUCGGUCUCAGACUUGCGAAGGCCUAUAGGAUCAGGCCAGGUACACGAGAGACUAUCAUCAAUCAAUUCCAAUACAAAGGCAUACGGAAUGAAGUCAUCGAGCGUCUGGUCUCUGAGCUGGACUUCUGCAGGGAGCUCAACAAGAACGCAAGUCCUAGACGUUCACGACGAUUGACCCAACAAAAACAAGACAGCGACACAGAAGCAUGA